AUGGUAUUUUUUUUAAGGCAAAGUGAGGAAACUCAACGAAAGGAAUCACAGUCUAUAAAUUUAGAUUAUACCGAUGACGACGAGGUAAUGAGUAGUCCUGCUAAUCCCACCAUACCUCCCACACCAAAAAUGUCAAUAACUAAUAGAAAACCAGCAACUCUGAUUGCUCCAAAAAGCAUGAAGAUUGGGCAAACAACAGGAAAACAAAGUCAUACUGACAAGGCUAUACAGGAAUUACGAGAACUUUCUGAAAAGCUUGAUACCCCUGCUGAUGAUAAUAAUAAUAAUGAAUUUAACUAUUUCGGAAAAUUCAUUGCAUGCCACCUUCAAACGUUUUCAGAACAUUUAGCUCUCGAAUCAAUGGCCUUCAUACAGUCUUAUUUGAUUCAACAACGCUUAAAGAAUAAUACAAAAAACAGUCAACAGAUUGUUUACAGGGAAGAAAGUAUAUUAUAUUCAGCUGCAAAUUCCUACGAGUAUUCUGAUUAUAUAACCAUAUAA